AUUCUAAAAUUGUACUUUCACUACUUUGAUUGCUGGGUCCACAAUUCCCUCCUAUAUAGCCGAAACACCAAACUCAUACGCCCCUCCCUCCGUUCUUCCUUAUUGACCACUGUCUCUCUCUCUCUCUCUCUCAAGAAGUUUCCCUCAUAGCCAUGUCUGACGUUGAGUCCACCACAGCAGCGGAGAACCCUAUCCUCCGCCGCCGCAACUUCGUUAUACUUCCUAAAAAGCUCACCUUACAGCAUCAAACAUCAGCUUCAACCACCAUCACUACCACCGCCACGUCAUCUUCAUCGGCUUCGUCAUCGUUGACGAACUCGGCGAGCGAUGAUUUUGAGCUAUUCUCUAUUAAGCCUGUAUCCUACACUUCUCUGAGGGAUAUCCUGCCACCUCUCGCCUUCAAUUCUCCCAGGCCUAUGACUUCACCUCACCAAGGCCAAUCCGGUUCCGAGAUUUCAAUCCGGAAUCGCCUCGUGAAGCAAGCAGCUUGGGCUUAUCUCCAGCCGAUGUCGACUUCACCGGAUUCCUCCGGCCGGGGCUUAUUCGGCCGCCUCUUUUUCUUCCCGGUCAAUAACCCCGUCGCCGGAAUUCUUGACUUCAUUGAUCGGUACAUUUUUGCUCCCUUGACUAAAGCUGUUGAUUGGCUUCUUCGUGCUGUUCGGGUUCGGAGCUCCAGAUAACGACAAAAACAACGGUUGUUAGGGUGACCCGACCCGAUAUACAGAAUAUAUUCUUCCGUUUUGGAUUUGUCAACUUCUAGUUUGAAAAUUGGGGUCAUAAAUGUACAACGCCUUUCAUUUUCUCAUGUAAUUCCAGAAAAACUGAAAAAAAGAAAAAAAAAUACAAAACAAAUGGAGCAGGAAAAACGUUCAAUAAAAAAAUAUUUAAAAUCUGAGUUUUACUUCUUUUUUUUCUUUUUGGUUUAUUUACAAUGUACAAUUUUCUUACUUACUACUAUUUCUAGUAAACUAUCUGCGGCUAUAUUUGGGCCGGGCAGCAUGGUCCGAACCGGGUUCAAAAUAGUCUGUGUCUAGGAAUGAAAGAUCCUCCGGGUGCACUUGGACCGUUUCCGGUUUAGAAGGAUGAAAAGUUGACCGGUGAGCGUAGUAAGACGGCGGCGAUUGAGGUGGCUGCUUCCGUGGCGAUGGUGGUGGCUGCCUCCUGUCUGACGGCGGCUUGUUCCUCCUGAAUAAGCUGAAGGAGAAUGAUGACGGUGGUGCUGGUGGGGCCGAAGGAGGUGGCGCUCCGCGAGAAUGGUCAGUCCCAUUUCUUUGCUGCGAGAAUUGAUCAACAAAAUUAAAAUUAUGAAUUUAUAUAUACAAGUCUAAAAUAUCAAAAAGAAGUAACGAGGAAAUAGAUGAUGGUGAUAGUGGGAAAUAAAGUGGUAAUUAAAGAAAUGGUGAGUAAUGAUUCGGUGA